AUCUCAUUUCUUCCAUAACCCUCUUUUGAACCCUAGAUUUAGGGUUACUAACAUCCUCGCAUAGUAGCUGCCUCCCAGUGUGCGUUGUCUGCACACGCGAUAUCGCAGCAACCAAAGACCAAUUUACCAAGAUGACGAAGAAGACAGAAAGGAAAGUCAGCAUUUCCGGGAAACCGAAGCACUCUCUGGACGCGAAUCGAACUGAUAAGAAAAAUGGUUCUCGUACUGCCGCCACGGUUCGCCGACUUCAUAUGUACAACACGAGGCCCAAGCGUGAUCGCAAAGGAAAGAUUCUAAGGAAUGAAUUUCAGUCUGACGAGUUGCCCUGUACCCGAAUCCAACCCGACCGCCGCUGGUUCGGAAAUACUCGUGUUGUAAAUCAAAAGGAGCUCGAGUUUUUCCGUGAAGAACUUCAAAGCCGAAUGUCGAAUAACUAUAAUGUUAUUUUGAAGGAGAGAAAACUGCCUUUGUCUCUCUUGAAUGAUCACCAGAAGCAAGCGAGAGUUCAUCUACUCGACAGAGAGCCCUUUCAGGAUGCUUUUGGACCAAAGACUAAGAGGAAGCGCCCAAGACUCUUAGCUGCUGAUUAUGAUUCUUUACUAAAAAAAGCUGAUGGUUCUCAGGAUGCAUUUGAGGAGAAGCAUGCUGAUGAUGUCAAUGUUGAAGGAGGUGAAGGGGAUGGAUUCAGAGACCUGGUUCGACAUAAUAUGUUUGAGAAGGGUCAAAGUAAACGUAUUUGGGGUGAACUUUACAAAGUAAUAGAUUCUUCAGAUGUUGUUGUUCAGGUUUUGGAUGCAAGGGACCCACAAGGUACAAGGUGUCACCACUUAGAAAGGCAUUUGAAAGAGCAUUGCAAACACAAAAACAUGAUUCUUUUGUUAAACAAGUGUGAUUUGAUUCCUGCAUGGGCAACAAAAGGAUGGCUGAGGGUACUAUCCAAGGAAUAUCCAACUCUUGCUUUCCAUGCUAGCGUUAACAAGUCAUUUGGCAAGGGUUCUCUUCUAUCAGUUUUGAGACAGUUUGCUCGCUUGAAGAGUGACAAGCAAGCAAUUUCUGUCGGAUUUGUGGGAUAUCCCAAUGUUGGGAAGUCAUCAGUUAUUAACACAUUGCGAACGAAAACUGUUUGCAAGGUUGCUCCUAUCCCUGGGGAAACUAAAGUAUGGCAAUAUAUCACACUUACAAAGAGGAUUUUCUUAAUCGACUGUCCUGGAGUUGUUUAUCAAAACAACCAUGACACUGAAACAGAUAUUGUGUUGAAGGGAGUGGUCCGUGUCACAAACUUGGAAGAUGCUUCAGAACACAUAGGAGAAGUUUUGACUCGAGUUAAGAAAGAGCACCUGAAAAGAGCAUACAAGAUAAAAGACUGGGAAGAUGACAACGAUUUUCUAGUUCAAUUAUGCAAACUGUCGGGCAAGCUCUUGAGGGGUGGUGAACCUGAUUUGAAGACAGCGGCAAAGAUGGUACUUCAUGACUGGCAGAGGGGAAAAAUACCAUUUUUUGUGCCACCACCAAAGCAAGAAGAAGACGAGUCAUCAAUUGAACCCAAUGUUAAAGGCAUAGGCACAGAUGCAACAGAGGAUAGCAACAAGGCAUCUGCAGCGUUUAAAGCAAUUGCGAGUGUUAUUACGUCCCAGCAGCAAAUGACUGUCCCUGUUCAAAGGGAUCUUUUUAGUGAGACCGAAUUGAGGGGUGAAGCAGCUGAGCAGCUUCCAACUAUCAAGAGGGAGACCGCCCAGCAACUUCCAGCUGCUAAGAGUGUGUUAGAUAACCAACUUCCAGUAACUGAGUCUUAGAGAUUUUUCUCUUAAAGAGCUUUGUGUCAUUUGUAGUCCAGCAAUGUAGGCUUUUUUAUUCUUUUAAAAUUAUAUCCAACUAUAUUAUUAUGUGGGCAAGAAUUUUGUUUUAUACUCCUGGCGGAGUUGGGAGAAUAUGGGAAGUUCUAAAGAGUAAUAUGUUGCUUUUUAUA